AUGAGGAAGAUUCUGGCGGCAUUCCUACUGGCAGUGCUUUCUUCAGCAGUAGCAAAGUCCAGAAUCCGCUUUAUACAAUACCGCUCCUGGAAUUCCCAGAUGUACCCCAUAUGGAAAGAUGGGGACCCCCGGAACAGAAACAUCUGGAAAGGUGGUGACGUGACGUUUGCCGUUAGCAACGAUGCGCCCACGCUGACCGGUGCAAAGACAACCUUCAGCAUCGAGAUCCGCUUCCCGCCAAGCCAGGCGGUGUCGGCUGAUGGCCGCGUGGUGUGGGCAGAAAACGCAGAGCUUAAUGGUACCCGCCAUCGGCAGUCUCAGGCCGUGUAUCCAGAGACGGACACUUCAGACGACUGGAACGGCGUCUUUCCAGACGGGACUCCCUUCAACACCGCCUCUGGCAAGAAACCGCACUACGUGUAUGUGUGGAAGACACGGGGACAGUACUGGCAGGUUGCGGAUGGGCCCUCUUCCUCUCUGACCGUCGGCACGGAUGAUGUGCCCCUGGGCUCCUACAACAUGGAGGUUGUCAUCUACCACCUCCGUAGCAAAGAGAAGUUCAUUCCCCUGGGAUACGCCUGCACACAGUUCUCCAUCACGGACCAAAUCCCAUUUGCCAUAUCACUCUCCCAGGUGAACGACGUGAACGUGGCUGACCAGACGUUCGUGCAGAACCGCGCGGUCACCUUCAGCGUCAGCCUGCACGACCCCAGCUGGUACCUGAGCGACGCCGACAUCACCCUCACCUGGGACUUUGGCGAUAGCAGCGGCACGCUGAUCUCCCGCGAGCUCACCGGCACCCACACCUACACCUCCGCAGGGUCCUACCAGCCCCGGCUGGUCCUGCAGGCCGCAAUCCCCAACCCGGGCUGCGUCACCCCCGCCGCCAACGUCCCAACUGCCCCCAACGCCACCCCGGCCCCGGGCACCUCCGCUACCCGCCAGCCCCCUGCAGGGAGGGGCACGGCUGCCGCUAAUGUGGCUGAAACCACUAACAUGGCUGAAACCACUAACAUGGCUGAAGCCGCUAACAUGGCUGAAACCACUAACAUGGCUGAAGCCUCUAACAUGGCUGAAGCCGCUAAUGUGGCAGUUUUAGGGGCCAUGGGAUCAGCAGGGGACCCCUCCCAGAGGGUGGUGAUGGAGGGGGGCCGGACCAUGGCGGGAGCUGAGGUAUCUGUGAUGGUGAGCACACGGCAAGCCCCCACAGACUGUGCCAUUUACCGCUAUGGCUCCUUCUCCGCGAACCUGAACAUCGUCCCGGGCAUUGAGAAUGUGAAGAUAGUCCAAGUGGACAAUGUCAUCAUGGCAACUGAGGUGCCGCAAAAGGCAGUGGAUCUGACAGUCACCUGUGAGGGACGCCAGCCGACCCAGGUGUGCUGGGUUGUGCUAGACGCCGGCUGCACCGUGCCGGCACACAGCACAUGCCAAUCAGUGCCGCCAUCCGCGGGAUGCCAGCUGGUCCUGCGGCAGUCCUUCAACGGCUCUGGCAUUUUCUGCGUCAUCGUGUCCGUGACCGACGAUGUCAGUCUGGCUCUCGCUAGCGCCAGGGUCAGCUUGACCGUGGCAUCUGGCUUCAACAUUGCUGUUGUGGCAACUGCACUGGGCCUGAUGAUCCUGGGGAUUGCCAUAUGUGCUGUGGCUUUCACCUACAGGUACAUAAAGGACUACCAUCCACUGAGAGAGGACCCCGCUGCGGAGCCCACACUGAGCAGGCAGGCCUGUGCUGCUCCUCAGACAGAGAGCCUGCAGGCCGGCUUCGCUGCCAGAGGGAAGAGCCGUCCUCUCCUUCCAGACUGA